UCCUAUACAGGGCCGUACGUGUGGUUAGCUCAGUUCCAUGGAUGAUUCACUGACAACUUUGCUUGAUAAAUUCUGCCAUUGGAUGUUUGGGAUGUUUCUGAGACAGCGAAACCCCUGUUGCUAGGUAUAUUGGAAGACUAGUGCCGUCCAGGCGGUGAAUAACAUGAUUACCAGUUGUUCGUCUUGCUUGCCAAGAUGCGACUUGACAGCAAAAUCGCAAGUUAGCAAACUAUAGAUUCUCCGUGAUGGCAUCAGCCUGGAAGAUCGCUGCCUUCGUACUUCCCAAUAGUGCACAGGCACCAAAUGCCACUGCGCCCAUCCACAAGCAUCAAUGCCCAAAAAUCGUCAAACCGGUAACAUGGCUUGUUAUCUCAUUGUCAGUAUCACGUUUCAGCACAGUUCAAUAACUGUCCUUGUAUGCCCUUCUCAUCACUUUUUCAGAGGUUGAAUGAGCUUACCAUAAGGUGCUUGGGGUUGGCAUAACGCUGAGAAGUUGAUUCCCGGUCAGUGCUCACCAAAAUCUCACUAAUAAAGUCUUUUUCCCUUGUUGAACAAUCUGUAAACUUCUCCCUAAUUCCGGGGGCUGGUUUUUUUCAAUGCGGCGGACAACGGACAACGCAUUCAAUCGGUACCUGACAGGCCCACCAUCGGAGGAAAUCAGGUUUUCAAGGGUCCGGCGCGGCAGACCCACAUCUCCGAGUUUCUUAUCUCUUAUCGCAAUAAAACAGGCAGAAAAUUUCUAGCGACUUUAUCCUUAGACUCGUCUGUCAACCAUCAUCACCAUAAUGGCGACAAAGGAAAAGAAAGAGAAGAAGUCCAAAACUUCUAGGUCAGAACCAAAGACCGAGAACCCCGAGAAGACUAUCGAAAUUGAGAAGGUCGAAUCGACAGAAGCUGCCGAGAUGGCGGAGUCUGAAGCCGCCGCAUCCUCUUCCAAGCGCAAAAUCGAACUCGAAGAAAUCGAAGUCGACGUAGACGCACCCGAGCCCCCGUCCAAGCGCGCAAAGCGUGCGCUCAAAAAGGGCAAGUCAUUGCCUUCGAAACAGGAUAGCGAUGACGAGAAAAAGGGCGAUAAAGAUGGCAAGGAUAAGAAAGCCGUUCGGUCAGAGCACAGUGUCUGGAUUGGCAACUUGCCAUUUCAUGUCACGGCUAUGGAGCUGCGCAAGUGGCUCGUCGAUAACUCCGGAGGCGUCAUCACUGAAGAGAUGAUCACUCGGGUCAAGCUACCAACCAACAAGGAACCUGGCCGGGAUAAGAGCGUCAAGCCAGCAAACAAAGGGUUUGCCUACGUCGAUUUUACAGAAAUCGGUCCCAAAGUCUCCGCUAUCUCUCUUACCGAGAGUGACCUUGGUGGUCGAAAACUUCUCAUCAAGGAUGCGACAUCGUUUGAGGGUCGGCCCAAAAAGGAGCCUGAGUCCACUGAAGAGAACGCCAAUGAGGGAAAGACCAGCAAGGAGCAAAAGCAGGAUGUCAAUGCCAGUCGCAAGAUUUUCGUGGGUAAUAUGAGCUUCAAAACAACUGAGGACGACCUAUACAGAAACUUUGAGAAGUGCGGCGAGAUCGAAUGGGCCAAGGUUGCGACCUUCGAGGAUACUGGGAAGUGCAAGGGCUUUGGUUGGGUUAAGUUCCAGGACCCCAAUGCUGCUGCAUGGGCCGUCAAAGGUUUCGUCAAAAUUAAAGAGGCAGUCGAGACAGAGGACGAUUUCAAGGACGAGGAGGAGAAGGACAAGUCGCAGCAGAAGCAGUUCAAGACACGCAAGUGGUGGGUAAACCGAAUGCUGGGUCGCGAGCUCAAGGUGGAGUUGGCCGAGGAUGACCAAGUACGGUACAAGAAGCGGUUCGGCAAGGAUCGUAAGGCACUUCCCGACAAGGACAGCAACCCACGAGGUCGACCUCCGCCGCGCAAGUAUGAUCAAACGAAUGGCGCAGUGCGGGAGAGUAAUGAUGCUCAUGGGGAGGUUGCGAAGCCGCUCAAGGAGGCUGAGGAUAUAUCUGUUGCGAGACUGACGGGCGCGGUUGUAAAGCAUACAGGUACGAAGAUGACGUUUGACUAAGUACAGCGAGAUACAUUCCAUGUUCCGAGAUACCCAUUUAUAGUUCCAAUGGUUUCUUGUGUCCGAUGUGAAAAGAUGUAUACAUCAUGAGUGAGA